CGGGGCCGGGCAGUGCCCGAGGAGCUCAGCGAGGCUCCCGCCGGGAGCUGCGGUGCCCGGGACGCUGCUCCGCCCCGGGCGGGCGGCUGGGGCGGCACCAUGAAGAGGAGAGCAGGGGAGCGGGAGAAAGAGCUGAAGAAAAAAAGGCUUCUUGAAGAACUUGGAGAGAACAGACUUCCAUAUAUGACUCCAGCCGAUGAUGAUUUCCAUCAGUUGUGGAAGACCAAAUAUUCCAAGCUGAUUUUCAGAAAAUCUGAGACAGUACCUGAAGAGCUCCAUCAAAUGGUACAAAAAGGCUUUCUGACCUUGCGAGAACACGAUUGUUUCUUUCAAGAUCUUGUAAGGAUCAAAGGAAAAGAUUUCCUUACUCCAGUGUCUCGUAUAUUAAUUGGAAACCCAGGAUGCACUUACAAGUACUUGAACACAAGAUUGUUUACAGUUCCUUGGCCUACUGAAGGUUAUGAUAUAAAAUAUUGCAGUCCUCAGAUACAUGAUGCUUGUAAAGCAUUAAUCAGACUUAAUGACUACUUGCAUAUUGAAGCAGUCAAGACAUUACAAGGACAAAAUUUAUGUGAGACCAAAGAAAUUAAAGAUACUACUGUAAUAGAUAGGGAGCAAAGUUUUGCUACUUCUCUUACGGAGCGAGGGUCUGUUUCAAAAGAUCAAAGCGGUGUUUGUGUACCAGAGGAUGACUCCAUAAGUCUAAAGAACAGAACAUCUUAUAACCUGACUUUAUUAAAUUAUAUGGAUCCACUGCAAAUGCUGUACUUGAAACAAGAACCUUAUUUUGGAAUGGGGAACAUGGCAGUGAGCUGGCACCACGACGAGAAUCUGGUUGAAAGGUCGACGGUUGCUGUGUACAGUUACAGCUGUGAAGAUUCAGGUGUGGGAGAAAGCAAUGAACAAGAACUGAAAGGAAGAGACCCAGCUGUUUGGCACGUAGGCUUGAAGGUAGCGUGGGACAUUGAGACACCUGGAUUAGCAAUACCACUUCACCAAGGAGACUUCUACUUGAUGCUUGAUGAUCUCAAUAUGACACAUCAGCACUGUGUUCUGGCUGGUUUAUCACCUCGAUUCAGCUCAACUCAUCGAGUGGCAGAUUGUUCUAGAGGAACAUUGGAAUACAUAUUUGGACAAUGUGAACUGGCACUCCAGAAUUUACAGACUGAUUCUGAUUCAAUGGCUUUAUCUUUGAAAUCACUGGAAGCUGCAGUUGUGAAGCAAGUAGAAGAAAUACAUAAUGAGGUUGAAUUUGAGUGGCUUAGGCAGUUUUGGUUCCAAGGCAAGAGGUAUUUGAAGUGCACUGAUUGGUGGCUUAAGCCUAUGGCUAAACUGGAAGAAUUUUGGAGAAAAAUGGAGAUUAUGACAAGUCUGGUCCUCUCCGAAGUUAGAAAAGAACAACAAAUUGAGGAACAAAGGAAUGAAACCAUCAGCUGCUUCCUGCUAGUCCUUAAGGAGCGACAGAGGCUGCGUAAAGAAUGGACAGUAAGGUGCCAGUCAGAUGCAGCAGAGAGCUUGCCAGAAGACCAGAAACCAGAAUGUCAUCCCUUCUGGACAGAUGAUGAUGAAUGUAAUAUGCCUCUGCCAUAUGAUCUUGAAGAAGUAAUUGCUUAUCUACAAAAUCUUACUCAAUGGAUAACAAGUGACCUUCCAGCCUAGAAUUAUUGAUGCUCAUCAUUUGGGGAGAAGCUUUGUAGUUUAACAUAAAUCCUUUUCAGCUUUAUGAUUCCUUCAUUACGUGUUGUUUUAUAUGUCAAUGCAGAUUUUACCAGUCAUCACACAGUACCUUAGUUACUGUCUCAUAAUAAAAAAGACCAGCCCCCAAAUUUACAGAAGCAUGUGUUUUUUAAGACCUGAAGUCCGGAACACCAGCCUUAGUCCUGGUGCUCCUGUGCUCUGAUUCCCAUUGACCCUACAGCCCAGGGAUAUCCAUGUUUCACAGAAGCACAGAAUGGAUCAGGUUGGAAGGGACCACAGUGGGAUCAUAUGAUCCAACCUCCGCGCUCAAGCUGGGUUGUUCUAGAGCACAAGACACAGGAUUGCAUCCAGACAGUUCUUGAUUAUCUCCAGUGAGGGAGAUAUUACCCUCUCUGGGCAAUCUGUUGUUCCUCAUAUUGAGGUGGGACUUCCUGAGCAUCAGUUCUGCCCAUUGUCUCUUGUCCUGUAUCUCGGCACCACCAAGCAGAGCCUGGUCCACCCUCUGACACCCUCCUCCAGAUACUGGUAGACAUUGAUAAUGUUCCUUCUCAGUCAUCUCUUCUUGAGGUUGAACAGACCCAACUCCCUCAGCCAGUGUGUUUUCACAGGUUCCUUUGGUAUCUAUAUUUCAGCUUCUGUGAGUGCCUACAACUGCCUCUGGUUUGACAGGUUUGAGCAAUACAAGGUGUAUCUCAUACCUGUGGCAGACUUAAUGAUUUGGGCAUCCUAAUGAGAGGUGAGGUUGGGGUGAGCCUGCUGGAGAUCUUCAAAACAGAGCUAUGAAUUCUUCAUCCACUAACACGGAGGGGCAGGAGAUGGUGGAGAUAAUCCUUUAUGCAGUGGCUCCUUGUUAGACCAUUUUUUCAGAUGAGGAACUCUGGAGGAACAUCCUAACAUAGAUCCCAAGACUUUCUUGCUGCUUUGCAUCAUAGCAGUUGAGUACUCCUGGGAGAGAUUUCCAAUGUGAAUCUCUACCUCCUGGGCUCCCUGGAGCUCAGAAUUCAGUUCCUAACCAUUAUUUUGUUUUUUACGUGUUGUGAAUUCUGUUCUGAGGCCAGGUUUCCCAGUGCACUGCCUGAAGAGCUGAUGGACCUAAAUAAGGCUUUCAAUUUGGGUUGUUGGGUUGAUAUUGGGCAUUACAGCAUCUAGUGAGAUCUAUGAGAACAAAACCAGAAGACUAUGAGAAAUGAAGCUGUUUGUGAACUGUUUUGUAGUAAUGUGCUAUAAAAAGAACAAUUCUAGGUUGGAUGAUAUAUAGCACUGCUGAAUGAGACAGAGAAUUUUGAUUUGGUUAAAUUGCUAUUUUAACUUGAACUGGUGUACAACUUUGCCACAAAAAGCAGAAUAAAAUCAUUAAAGUGAAAAAGCACUCAGGCUCUAUUACCACUACAAAAGAAGCCAGUAAGACUCAGAGCUUGAUGUUGCCACCAAGAAAUGAAUAUGCCUCCCAUGUUAAUCUUCUGUUUAAAGUCACUGCUGAGGCCAGGCUCACCCAGAGCAUACCAGCAUUCUGUACUGGCAAAGAGCUCUGUGUGCAGAUGAGGCUUGUCCUGCUGAAAACUGUACGUUUGACAGUCUAACGUGUGCCAGACCUCCCUGGAGCUAAAGAAGCUGUGCCAGUAAAAAUUCAGUUUUAGUGGUAUGAAACUGUGUCCGCACCUACAAACUUUUGCCAGAACAAUUAUAUCAAGUAGAGAUUGUACCUCAUAACACUUUUGGCAUAGUUGUGGCAGCAAAACUGUAAAGACCUGAAUCAAGUGUUUUCGUUGUAGUCCUGGGCUUCUGCAAAAACUGUUAGCCACCCUUUAGAAUGUAAAGACUCUCUGAAGAAUAUAUUAUUAUUUAAAGUAGAUUUAAUUAUAUUAUUACCUUGAUCCACACAUUUAUCUAUUGUCUCUUGUGCCACAGAUUUCAUAUCAUUUGGAAAUACUGUUAUGGGCAUAGCUUUUUCUUUCCUGCACUAGCUAAAGCUUGCUUUACCAGUGGGCAAAUAGCAUGUAUUUGGAUUAGUGCCACACUAAACACUGUUUGCUUUGGAGAUCACUUAGGGAAAAGCUAGCUGAAGAUGUGGGAAUUCUGCUUUUGAAAAGGCAGUUCUUAGAAACAGAUAUUGCUUUGGAAAUAAGCAAUAUGAAUUCAAACAAGUUAAUGAUGUAACACCGUUAACACAGUGUUUGAGAGGACUGUUUAUGCUGUUACUUUAUGAUUACUUUGUGUUUAAUUAAGCACUGCUAACAACUGUGGGCAUCACAGUAUUGAAAGGAAUCUGACCGCCACAAAGGGUGGACAAGGCACAUUAAUGUUGUAGUUUUUAGCUGAAGUGGAGGCAUAGCUAUUAAAAAAUGAUCAGCAAAUAAUUAUUUCCAGCAGCAGUAGAAAAAAACCAAACCACUAAUAGGAGACUGCUGGCAGUAAUAAUAGAAUUUUUAAAAAUACAUGUUCACAGGUCUUGCCUAUGCUUGAAGAUUUAAGGUAUUGAAUUAGCUGAACUAGUACUAGUCUCAGUGCAGUCACAUGGCACUCAUUUAAGACAUGGAUGGCAAUGACAUAGAAAAAUGAACACCUUUGUAAUGAAUAAAACCUAAGAUUCACUGCCAAAAUACCAAUAAUCAAGUGAUUAAACAAGAUUAAUGCUCUGUAUUGCAUUCCAGUCUCACAUCAUCUAAAUCAGUAUAACUUGAUUGAGUUCAGUUGAAAUGCAGAAGUAUGAGAUUUCAUAUCUCCAAAGCUCACAGGAGUUGGUAGCAAAGACAUGAAUAAGGUUGAUGGAACUAUUUGAAGCACAUAGUAAUGCCAAAGGGUACCCCAAAAGAAGAACACAGUUGAAGGUAAAAAAUUAUGUAAAAAACCUGGGAGAUCAAGUGUAAAUUAUCUCUGUGUUGGGAUUAUGUACUAGAAGCUGACAAAUACUUUGAGGUUUUCUUUUUAUUCAAAUAGUUAUAAUCUAGCUUUAUUAAAAUAGUUAUAAUCUACUAAUGAUAGUUUAGCAAUCCAUUUAUAUUCUAGCUUUAGAUGACACGUUUCCAUUUUAGAUGAGCUGGAAGACACAGACUCUAAUGGAUAUUCAGUGUAUAGCAACUGUUUGCCAAGCCUGGCUGCUCCAGAAGCAUGAGGACCAAGGUCAAGUUUUUUCAAGGAAGAGGUGAGAGCAUAAAUUAACUUCUGACAUUAAAUUCAGUGAUUCUUUUUAAAUGGUGAAGUUCACGACUUUGCUUACAUUUACUUUUCACCAGCCAUAACUGAAUUAAGGUAAAAUAGUUCACUUGCACGUGUGCACCAGGCUAAAUGGAUUGCAGAAGAUACAGAUCUGUUUGCCUGUCUGCACUUGCCUUUAGACAAUAUUCAUCAAUUUUUAGAAAAGCUACUGACUAAACAUGGAACCAAUACAAAUGAAAUGCUCGAGGCAAGGGCUUUCUUUUAAAAAUCUGAUACAGAGUUGGUUUUACACUGAUAGAAAGAAAAUGUUGGCAGAAAAUGAAAAACUUUUAUUGUUUCUGUAAUUUGGGGGAUGAAAGAUACAGACUGUUUCUAAGUAUUUGAUAGAAAACUGCUGUGUUAUGCAAUGUAAUUAGAAAUAUUUUUAUAAUGCUUUGUUCAUAUCCUGUGUAUGAAAAUACUUUAUCUCAUAGGUCCUUUCUUCUGUUAAAAAGGUUAUGUAGAUAAAUAAUAAUCUCAAUACAGUAGAUUUUAAAGGCAUCAUACUUAUGUUCUAAGCUUUACAGCAGGUUCUGAUUACACAAAGUAUAAAUUAAAGAAUGCCAGGAAUAAUCACCAACUGGACACUGUGCAGGAUGAGUAACAUGCACCACAAUAAAUAUCCAAAUCAGUUCCUCAGUUGGGUGAAGCAUACUGUUAAUAAUGCCAGGGUCACGGUCAUUCAUUUGCUUAAGUGUUGGACUCAGAGAUCCUUGUGGGUCCCUUCCAACUCAGAAUAUUCUGUGACUCUGGAUCUCCAUCCAAAUAUGGUUUAGGUUCACUGGUAAUGGUGCAAAAUGCACUACAAAAUCAUGCUGGACUACAUAAUGCUGUGGGGCAGAUUCAGGGAUUCCUUUGACAUAAUAGGGAAUAAAGAAAUUAAAAGAUUACUAAAAUCCAUCAUGAAAGGUGACUAAAAUAUUGUAGAGUUUAGGAAUGGACAUUGCUCCUUUCUCAGUUGUUGCAGUGCUGUUCCAUUAAUCCUCUGCCAUGCAGUAAAGUUUGGGCUAUUGUAAUAGAUAUUAAACUAGGCCAGGAGCUGGUGUCUAAGCUGGGGUGAGAGGAGGGGAAGAGAGACGAGAUGCACAUGAGACCCAAGGGAUGUGCUUUCUCAAGGCCACAACUUUAUUAACUGAACUCAUAUGGGAGUCAUUGAGCUGUAACUUGUACAGUGCAGGUCAGGAUCCCUCCCUUAAUUGUUGCCACCUGGUGCAAAGUUAAUGUUGGCUCCUUAAACCCCUUCCUGCCCCUGACAGCUGGUCCUCAGCUUUUUGCUAGGAGCUGACCACUCUCUGCUCACACCAAGGUUACAGAGUUGGUAAGAGUGGUUGUUCCACUGUAGCAACAGGUGUGAGAAACUCUCAUCCCCAGCUUUGUCCUCCACCUCUGUCCUACUGCCCCUCCAUGGACUCCACUCAACAUCUGUUUCCCUUUUGAGAUUCAGGUUGCUGCAGCUCAUCUUCUUACCUAUCCCACCAGGAUGGUGAGCUGCCAUGGGGAGGAGUCAGACAAGGAGGAUACUGUUUGCAGUGAGGUUCCUCAUCCCAAAAAAGACACCCUCUGCACUCCCCACAAGAGAAUGAAAAUCUCAGCACUACACUAACCUGGCAUUAGAGGAGGGGAGCUGCUGGGGAGUGAUGAAGGACUCUGGCUGAACCACCAACACUGGUGUUUUGGAGGACUCCCAAUCUGUCUGAUUCUGGCUGUCACCUCACCCCACCUGUAGAGGCAGAGGCAAUCCUGAAUAGGACCACUGUUCUCUUUCCUGUCCAAACUGACUCUUCCCCUUCAAUGUGGCUGGGCUUGCAUCUUCAUUUACAUUCAUCUAUCCUCUUCAUCUUAGCCUAAGGGCAUUCAUUGAACAGGAGAAGAUAAUUUAUACAGUUGUAAAGAGACUGUACGUAGAAAGGCUGCAGAACUGGCUGAAUAACAUGUAAAAGCCAAGAAAUAACUGAUAAAAUUAUCACAUUAAAAUGCUGAUAUUUGGGCAUGAGCACUUCACAUAUGUCAUGAAAACUAUGGUUUAUCUCCUUAUUGCUUUGGAGAUAUUCAUAAUCCAAAAGGAUGUAUUAUACUGUGGUUUACAUCCCCUAAAUCUCCACUGGUUUUAGAGGGCUUGUCCAUGAUGACUAAGAAUUUGGUCACAAAAGUUGUUCUCCUCCCCCUCUCUAUCAUCGAAUAUUUGCUUUCAUGCCAACACAUCUUGAUCUGAUUAGUCCCCUUGAUUACAGACUAAAGUAAAAAGUCAGGUGUAUAGGAUUCCCAUUAUCCUUUAUUUUGCUGCUUCUAAGAACAGGUCAGAUAGAGUUAUUUCAGUGAAAAUGUGAACAAUCAACUUCUGUUUACCAUUAACCUUCAGUUUUCUUUUCUUAAAAUCAAAUCAGGGCUUGGUAGGCAGUUAUUUUCAUACAUGUCCCUUGAUCAGUGGAACAAUCUGUCAAAGGCCAUUAAAGCCUUUAUUAGGUUGAAUUGCAUUCAAAGUUAAGCUAUCCAAUCAUUUGAAGGGCUAUGAUGAUUGUUUUUAAUAUAGUAUACAUUGAUUUCUCUGUCUGAGUAGAAAUGUAACUUUGAAACUAAGCAUGUAUGACUAGGGCAUUUUGCUAUCUGGCAUGUCCUGAGAAGCUUUGUUUCUUGUGGAAGAGGAAUGUCUACAUAAAAAAAGGAAAAACAAAUGCAGUGAAAUCACCUGUACGUUCUCACAAGCCUUUCAUUUUUCCUAGUUCAUUGUAACCCUCACGGUAUAACAUAUGUGGAGUGGGAGGAAAUUUUCCAAGGCCCUUUGCUCAAAAUCUUCACUGAAAAAUUUUGACAUCUCGUUGUAGUAUUUUAGAAGCGAUUCUGUAUCUUAAGAUCUCAGGAUUCUUUACACAGGGAAACUGAGGCAGAGGUCAAAAGUGCAGCAGGGAUCUGACUGCUAGCACUGGAACUGGGGGUUGUGUAACCCUCCAUCAGUGGUAUAUCCCCAUCACUUCCAGUUAACCAGCUAAGUUUACAGAUUAAAGAUGCUCUCAUAGAACUUGUUGUCCUCCAAAGUUAUAUCUGUAAGUGGAGCUUUAAUCUGACCUACUCACGUCAUAUUUAGCACAAUAUUUAUUUGCAUAAGACAUGAUAAUGCAUCUCAUGUAAUAGAGAUCUUUUGUGCCUCCGAAGGUUUGAUUAAACUUUCCAGUGAGUCUUUUAGUUACAUUCGAGGUCCCUGAGCUCUCAGUGGAAAAGGUAAGUUUUAUUGGAACUAUUAAAUUAUUCCAUGGAGACUAUGCAGUAUAUAAUACAAUAUAAUACAGUCCACACUCUUUUACCUCUGUUUAAAGUAUGGCCACUGCAUGCCCUCAAGGGGGUAUAACUGCUGUACUAGGAAACUCUUAAGAAAAUGCCCUGUGGGUAUUUGUGCUAUUUACUAAGGUGAAGAUGAGUUGCUGGAACAAACUGGAAUGUUGGUUAUGCACCUAUUAGCACUUUAGUCUGGUACCUAUUUGGUAGUCUGGUAGUACUUUACUGAGAGCACUACUUUACUAGUUAUUUUGAUGAACAUCCUAAUAGUGUAUUACCCAAACAUUAUCAAAGGAUUCCACAUUUCUUUCAUUGCUGUUCUUUCUCUUCUGUCAACUAAUGGCCCUCCUUUCCCUUUUGUCUCAGUAUUAACAGUAAUGUUAUUAAUAAGUUUUGUUCUUUUUUAGACUGACAUGACUUUAAAGUGAGAAAACUUUAGAAUUAUAUAUCAGAUAGCAAUCUCUGAAGUACAUUUAUUUUCAAACCAAUUUAUUAGGAUUUUAUUUUGCUCCUUUUUUGUUUAGUACUUCCACAUGUAAUUUUUAUUAAGGACUAUUUAUAUAAUUAUGCAAGAUAUAUGGUGAGAAUAUAAGUUUGUGUUAUGUAUUUACUGAUUUACUGACAUUUAUCAAAUAAACCAGUUAAAUAA